AUGGGAUCAAUACCAAAUACAGUUUUAACAAUAGAAUUUGAUAAAGGCUUUAACCAAUUACUUACAGCAGGUAUUAUACCAGAAGGUGUUAUCGGAUUAAGAUUCCACCAAGUUAAGGACUUAUUGAUUGUCGGUUCAAUUCCAAAAUCGAUUUAUUCAUUAUUUUUCAAAGAUGGCUUUAAUCAAAUAUUAUCACCAGGUAUAAUUACUGAUGGAGUGUGUGAGAUAAUUUUGGGAGAAAUUAAACAACCAUUAUUAGUGAAUUCAAUACCGAAUUCUGUCACAAAAUUGCAUAUCAUUAAUGGAUUUAAUCAAUCACUAACACCAGGAGUCAUUCCAAAUUCAAUAAAGGAAUUAACUUUAGGUAGUGUAAAAACACAAUUAGUUGAAGGAUCAAUACCAAAAACAAUUCAAAAAAUUAUUUUAAAAGGAAAUAUUGAACCAUCAUAUUUUUUUUUUUGA